UUUAUGUAAGUACUAGAAUUUGUUUAUGUCAGAAGACAUGUACUUGUCAUCAUUCAUUAACCAUUCACAAACACGGUUCUUUUUCAACUCUUUAUAAUAUUCAUUCAUUACGUACCAUUUUAAGAAGUACGUGCAAAUUCAAAUCAUAUUAUCAAUUUUUAUUUCAUUUUGUUUUCUAAGGAAUUGUCGUGGAAAUUCCUUCUUCUCAACCACUCUCAUCAUGUACCUAUAGGAACAAACAAACAAACAAACAACAUAGCCAUUGCAUUUUCAUUCUAUGUUUUGUUUUGUGUCUGUAUGUGGUUCUGUGUAUAUGGAAAAGUCAAUGACAUGUUUGGUUAGUGCCAUUGUGAUCCUAUGUUGUUUCUGCUGUAUUAACUAUGUUACAUCUGAUGCAUCAGAUCAUCGUUAUAAAGAAGGUGAUUUUGUACCGUUUUAUGCAAACAAGGUGGGACCCUUUCACAAUCCCAGUGAGACAUACAGAUAUUUUGAUCUUCCAUUUUGUUCACCAGAAAAUGUAGAAGAAAAGAAAGAAGAUCUUGGUGAAGUUUUGAACGGUGAUAGAUUAGUUGUUGCUCCUUACAAACUUGAAUUCUUGAUUGAUAAAAAACCUGAGAGCAUUUGCCAAAAGAUGCUGACAAGAAAAGAGGUUGCUCAAUUCAGACACGCUGUUUUGAAGGACUAUUUUUAUCAAAUGUACUAUGAUGACUUGCCAAUUUGGGGUUUCCUUGGAAGAUUUGAAACUGAUGAAAAAGAUGUUGACACAAACGAGGCCACAGUUUAUCUUUUUAGAAAUGUUCAUUUUGAGAUUCUGUACAAUAACGAUCGUAUUAUCGAUGUUUUCGUUAAAAAUGAUCCGAAUGCUGUUGUGGACUUGACAGAAGAUAGAGAGGUAAAUGUGGAUUUCACAUAUUCUGUCAAAUGGAUUGAAACAGAUAUUCCAUUUGAGAAAAGGUUGGAGAAAUACUCACAGACAUCCUCACUCUCACAUCACUUGGAAAUCCAUUGGUUUUCUAUUAUUAACUCGUGUGUCACCGUUCUUCUCUUGACCGGAUUCCUUGCCAUGAUUCUCAUGCGCGUACUUAAGAAUGACUUUGUCAAGUUUACACCAGAUGAAGAGGCACUUGAUGACCAAGAAGAGACUGGAUGGAAGUAUAUCCAUGGUGAUGUGUUCAGAUAUCCAAGAUUUAAGUCUUUGUUCGCAGCAGCACUUGGAACAGGCACUCAGUUAUUUACACUUGUAAUCUUCAUCUUUAUGCUUGCUCUAGUUGGUGUUUUCUAUCCAUACAACAGGGGAGCUUUGUUUACUGCACUGGUUGUCAUAUAUGCAUUAACGUCUGGCAUUGCCAGUUAUUCUGCCGCUUCCUUCUAUUACAUGAUUGAAGGGAAAAAUUGGGUGAAAAUUUUGGUGUUAACUGGUAGUCUAUUCUCUGGACCAUUAUUUUUUACAUUCAGCUUUCUUAACACGGUUGCUGUCGCCUAUAACUCCACUGCAGCACUACCCUUUGGAACAAUUGUGGUUAUUUUCCUAAUAUGGACACUUGUAACCUCGCCUUUAUUGGUAUUGGGUGGGAUUGCUGGUAAGAACAGCCAAUCAGAAUUUCAAGCGCCUUGUCGAACCAACAAGUAUCCGAGGGAGAUUCCUAAACUACCUUGGUACCGUAAAACUCUUGCUCAAAUGGCUAUGGCUGGAUUUUUGCCAUUCAGUGCCAUUUUCAUUGAACUCUACUACAUAUUUGCUAGUGUGUGGGGUCAUCAGAUUUAUACCAUAUACAGCAUUUUGUUCAUUGUUUUCAUCAUUCUUUUGAUUGUCACUGCUUUUGGUAAUGUGGCAUUGACAUACUUUCAACUUGCUGCUGAGGAUCAUGAAUGGUGGUGGAGGUCUUUCCUUUGUGGUGGAUCAACUGGGUUGUUCAUAUAUGGGUACUGCAUGUUUUUCUACCAUGCAAGAUCAGAUAUGUCUGGUUUCAUGCAAACUUCUUUCUUUUUCGGCUACAUGGCUUGCAUUUGCUAUGGUUUCUUUCUUAUGCUUGGAACUGUGUCUUUCAGAGCUUCUUUAAUCUUUGUCAGACACAUAUACCGUUCCCUCAAGUGUGAAUAGCCCAGAAGAAGCUCACUGGAAUAAACCAGACACUUUGUUUUACACUGUGCAGUGCAAUACAGCAAAAUCUCAUUGCAAAUGGUUUAUUGAAGAGUAGUAUAGGAGAAAUGCAAUUGCAUUCCAAAUAUACAGUCUGAUAGAAAAUGUAUCAUGACAGUAAACCUAACAAUUUUUAUUUUUAUUUGAAAUUGUAGAAGAGGUUUUAGCAUCACAUAUUCACAUAGCUUCAGGUUUUCACCAUUGUAUUAUUGCAUCUUCAUUGAUGAAAAGGUUCUUUCACGGCCUAUUAUUUAAUUACGUGCGGUUUAUUUUCCUUUA